AUGUCACUCCCGCAAAGACCAAACAACGCUCCAUCUUCGCGUCGCGAAGAUAGUCAGCCCGGGUUCAGAGAAUCAUCCCGACGCCGCCGUCGUGAUAUCGAAUCUGGUACUUUCACUGAGGUGCCGCAAUCGCCGUACACACCUACAUCACCCCGACGCUCUCAUGGACAUGGAAGGCACGUUUCUCAUUCAUCCUCCCGCGGAGGAGGAGCAUCCGCGCAACAAGGAUCUGUCGAUCUGGGAAGAAAGAAGUCGCUUGUUCGCCCCGAAAGAAAUCAAAUUGGCCCCGAACAUCCCAACUAUCAUUACCAGCAAUACGCACAGAACCCUAACAUAGCCACAUACCCAUCUGCUACCGGCCAUGAGCCCGUUUUGGAUGGCUCUGGCGACGCCGAAACUACAGGAAGCACAGAAAGUUCUCUGAAGACAGGCACCAAGGCCCAAGCAUAUGCCCUGGAAGGAAAUCUCAACAAACCUAUGGAACGAAUUGAGCGUGCCCCCAGCUCGCGUCACAAGAAAAAGAAGCUCUAUCGAAAAGGCUCUAAAAAACACAUCGAGUCAGAGGAGAAACGCCAACAAAAGGCCCGCGAACAUGUCCCCGCUCCUAGUCCGUGGUACGCAUACUGUGUUUUGGUCACUUUCUGGGCUCCAGACGUUGUCAUGGCCUGCCUAGGUAUGAAAACACCGGAUCAACGUCGGGCAUGGCGUGAGAAGAUGGGUUUGAUUAGUCUGAUUUUGUUGGUCUGUGCCUUUGUCGGUUUCUUGACUUUUGGAUUCACAGCAGUCGUCUGCGGUACAACCACUGUCCGUAUAGCUGCUGGUCACGUUGAUUCUGGCUAUAUGAUCUUCCAUGGUCAGGCAUUUGACCUUUCCGAAUCCCACCACCCGGCUGCAUACGGAAUUCCCGUAGGCUCCAAUGUCUUAUAUGACCUGCCAGUAAAAUACCAUGGCCAGGAUGGCAGUUUUCUGUUCCAGAAAGUCAACGGUGCGUGCAAGGAUAUUAUUACGCUCGCUGAAGGCUCCGACAUCCCUACCAACAGCAAAGGCGAGCUCGCCUGGUAUUUCCCUUGUCAGACCUUCAAUCAGGACGGCUCAGAUUACAAGACUAACAAAACUGCUGAUCCUUACCUGGGUUAUAUGUGCCAUCUUUCCGCCGAUGCGCGUGAUAAGUUCUACAGUCUGCGCAGCUCCGGUGACGUUUACUUUACAUGGGACGACUUGAAGAACAAGUCUCGCAAUCUCAUUGUGUAUUCGGGCGACGUUCUUGAUCUUAACUUGCUCACCUAUCUGAACUCUAGCCAAGUGUCUUACCCAUCUUUGUUCACGGAGAUGCAAAGCAACCCCGAUAUACGAGGAACCGAUGUCACGUAUGCGUUUCAAACAUCAGAGGACAGGCAAAUCGCAAAAUGCCUGUCUCAGAUUAUUAGAGUUGGGUCGAUUGAUACCAAAACGAUCGGUUGCAUUGCUUCUCAGGUCGUUCUUUAUGUCUCGUUGGUGUUUAUUCUUUCCAUUGUCGCUGCGAGAUUCUUCAUGGCUCUGUUCUUCCAUUGGUUCUUGUCAAAGAAGUAUGCUGCCAAUCGUUCAACAAUGACACUGGAUCGUCGAGCUCGUGCCCAACAGAUUGAGGACUGGUCUGAAGAUAUCUAUCGCCCUGCUCCGCGUCUUGCUGACCCCCCUGUUCCUGAGAAGAUGGCUAGGAAGCGAGCAAGCUUUCUUCCCACAACUUCACGUUUCUCUAGUCCAUAUGCUGUGGGUGGUGGUAGAACCAAAGCACAGCCUACGACUAUGGCAAGUCAGAACUCUUCGUCUCGUCUUGUGCCGACGACCAACGCUUCGACUUCUAUGUACAAACUGAGUGGAAACAGUAGCAAUGGAUCGUUGAGCGUGGAUGCAAUUUCCCGUCACAAUGCUGCUGCCGCUGAUAGCCGAACAAGCUUGAUGAUUUCGCAAUACGACCAGAGGCAUUCUACUGUUAUGGGCUCUACCGAAGGCCCCGCUGGGUUCAUUCAUGAGAACGUUGUUCCACAGCCACCACCGGAAUGGCAGCCGUUUGGAUUCCCUCUGGCGCAUACUCUAUGCUUGGUUACUUGUUACUCUGAAGGUGAAGAAGGUAUUCGUUCUACCCUGGACUCGAUUGCAUUGACGGAUUACCCCAACAGUCACAAAACUAUCUUGGUUAUUUGUGACGGUAUUAUCAAGGGUAAGGGUGAGGAGCAGUCCACCCCCGAUUACGUACUAGGUAUGAUGCGCGACUUUGUUAUUCCACCCGAUGAGGUUCAACCGUAUUCCUAUGUUGCAGUUGCUUCCGGCUCCAAGAGACACAACAUGGCCAAGAUUUACGCUGGUUUCUACGAUUACGGUCAGACGUCCAUUAUUCCACCUGAGAAACAGCAACGUGUUCCAAUGCUUGUCGUGGUCAAAUGCGGCACACCGGCUGAGGCAAAGGUAUCCAAACCCGGAAACCGUGGUAAGCGUGAUAGUCAGAUUAUUCUCAUGUCCUUUUUGCAAAAGGUUAUGUUUGACGAGCGCAUGACGGAACUCGAAUUCGAAAUGUUCAACGGAUUUUGGAAUAUCACCGGCAUAUCGCCUGAUUACUACGAAAUCAUCCUCAUGGUUGACGCCGAUACGAAAGUGUUCCCGGACAGUCUUACGCACAUGGUGUCUGCGAUGGUGAAAGAUCCAGAGAUUAUGGGCCUAUGUGGUGAGACCAAGAUUGCCAACAAGACCCAGAGCUGGGUAACCAUGAUCCAAGUGUUUGAAUAUUACAUUUCCCACCACCAAGCCAAGGCCUUUGAGUCUGUCUUUGGUGGUGUCACUUGUCUCCCUGGUUGUUUCUCCAUGUACCGUAUCAAAUCGCCCAAGGGUGGCCAGAACUAUUGGGUUCCUAUUUUGGCUAACCCGGAUAUCGUGGAGCAUUAUUCGGAGAAUGUGGUCGACACCCUUCACAAGAAGAACUUGCUCCUGCUUGGUGAAGAUCGUUACUUGACAACACUGAUGCUGAAGACAUUCCCCAAACGAAAGCAAAUCUUUGUGCCUCAGGCAGUAUGCAAGACGACAGUACCGGACAGUUUCAUGGUUCUUUUAUCUCAACGUCGUCGCUGGAUCAACAGUACCGUCCACAACCUCUUCGAACUCUGCUUCGUGCGCGAUCUCUGCGGCACAUUCUGUUUCAGCAUGCAAUUCGUCGUCUUCAUCGACAUGAUCGGUUCCCUCGUCCUCCCCGCCGCCAUCUCAUUCACAUUCUACGUCGUCAUCAAAUCCAUCGUUUCCAAACCCGUGCAAGUCAUCCCCUUGGUUCUUCUGGCGUUGAUCCUGGGUCUACCCGGUGUUUUGAUCAUUGUCACUGCAAACAGAUGGGUAUAUGUCCUCUGGAUGCUGAUUUAUUUGGUCUCCCUCCCCAUAUGGAACUUUGUCUUGCCGGCAUACGCAUUCUGGAAAUUCGAUGACUUUAGUUGGGGAGAUACACGAAAGACGGCUGGAGAUACGGGUAAGGGCGGUCAUGGAGAUGCAGAAGGUGAAUUUGAUAGCAGUAAGAUUACGAUGAAGCGCUGGCGGGAUUUUGAAAAAGAACGGCGCCUCAACAUGAGUGCCGCGCAAAACCUGCCGCCACCAAACUCCAUGCCAAAUGCGGCAUAUACAUAUCCCGGUGGUUAUGAUACCUAUUCCGACUAUUGAGUCGGAAGGAUCUAUAUUGUACCUUUGCGCUUUCAUUUUCCUCUUUUUUUCCGAUUGUUAUUUGUUGAAAAACGAUUUAUAUAUAUAGUCUAUUUCAAUAUCUUUGUUGAAUAUGUUGAGUAUUUAAAAUAAGUGUGUACCAUGGGAUUGGCGUUGGUUUGAUGACUUGAUGGAUGGUACCUAGUUUAUAUUUAAUUUCUGUUUGUUUUUUGUGUCCACGUGUAAUUAUGUGUCUACCUUGAUUGUUAACUCUGGUCGAGGAACUCUGUGCUCUUUCCUGUAUAGUUUCAUCCAUGAUAGGUUUUUUGUAUCUGCUGCUGUAUAUUUGUUGAUUCGUUAAAUGGAUAAGAUCUUGGAAGAGAUACCAAUCCAUGUUUCCUGAGUCUACCUAGGUAGUAAUUGUGUUCACCUAGUUA